ACAUGGUGUACACAAACGUGAAAUCGUCGAACGUUGCUGUUCGGAAGAGCUAACUCUGAAAUUUUUGCUCUAUUUUCUCAUGUUAAUGGCCUAAUUCCACCCUGUACACGCGAUAUCAGUAUCGCGGUGAAUUUCGAUAGAAGAUCACAUGAAUGUAGUCGAUUUUAAACGCCAGAAUUGCUGUUGGGAAGUAUCUGAAAUUGUGAACGAAAUUGGAGGGGCACUCACUCGCACACCAGAAUCUGCUGUAUUGAAGAGAUGUGAUAAGUGACCGUGAAAAGCAGAUAAGGGGAUCGGUUGGUUGCAACAAGUCAGAGGAGACGUACUGUGGACGAGUUUUUCGCCAGUUUCCAGAAUUCUUUUGAGCUUUGUUGACUGAAUUGUGACUCCUGCUCAAAAUAACUGAGUGGUAAAAUAAUUACAGUUUGAAGGAAGAAGACGCUUCAAUGUGAAUAACAUUACACUUUGGAUCACCCAAUGUAAACACAUGGAAUAUUCAGCAGUCCGCGCGAGGAAAUACCAGCGUCAUAACUGAUUAAGCAUAGUAUGAUUCAUGCUGCAAUCACACUUAACUGCUGAGCUCUCCUACAUGGAGAGGAUAAACCUGAGUUAUUGACGAGGCAGUCGACACACUGUGAUGCCGAGUGUGAAGCAUCCCUGCACUGCCAAUUAGCGCUCAGUUGUCAUCCGUUGCCCUUCACCAUAACUAAACCAUCUGUUUCCUUCUCCUUGGUCGCGUGCAUGGCUAAACCGCAAUAAAACUGCUUCGAAAAUGACCGCCAUCUUCUGGAUUCGUACGCCGCGCUUCAGCUUUGCCAGCGCCCUGUGUCUUCUUACCCUGGCCGUAUCUGUAAUCUCUACACUGGUAGUGCAUGCUUGCCCCUCUAGCUGCACGUGUAAUCUACUGGGUCGACGCAGCGAUCGUGAGGGUCGAGAUAGGGGUCGGGAUGAUAGGAGGUCAAGUCGUAGGGAGGUGGUCUGCAGCGGGAAGGGGCUUACAAGCCCAAUUGAUCCAGCCACAGUGCCACUGGAUACUGUACAAUUGGAUCUCAGUAAUAAUCAGAUAACUUCCCUUCAACAAAACGCAUUCUCUGGGCUGGCUUCCUUGCUACAACUGAACCUAAGUGGGAAUCACAUUGUGUACAUCGAACCGAGAGCUUUUGAUGGACUUGACUCUCUCCAGAAAUUAGACUUGUCAAGGAAUCGUCUUGGGAGUGUUAACAACAGUAUGUUUGUGGGUCUAUCUAGUCUUCGAAGUUUGAGUCUUUCCUCCAAUCAGAUCUCAACCAUAGCGGCAGCCAGUUUUGAUCGACUUCCAGACAUUGUCAAUCUGGACUUUGCAUCUAAUUAUCUGGUUUGCGAUUGUCAGCUGACGUGGAUUGUCCAAUGGAUGAAGUCUAACAAAGUACGGAUAGCGAGCAACACGGUGUGUGCCUACCCAAAGGCCAUGAGGGAGGAACAAGUCAAACAACUCAAGAAGAAAGAUCUUCAUUGCAACUGGCCGCUGGAACUACCCAUGUUCGAACUGGAACCCGCAGACAGCCAAGUCGUCUUCAAGGGGGACACCAUCCCUAUUGAAUGUCGGGCGACGUAUCUGAAACAGUCCAACGUGCAGAUCAUGUGGUUCAAGAACGGCCGCCCCAUAGAGACCAACGUGACCGCGGGGAUUAACGUGACCACAACCAUCCUCCACGAGCAGGCCCGGAUACGCAGCACGCUUCUGCUGUAUAAGAUACAGAUGGACGGCACCAGUGUGUGGGAGAUCGAAUGUCGGGUUGUGACAUCCCGGGGCAACAUGAGGAAGAGUGUGACGGUUAUUAUAUUAGAUAACAACGAUAAUAAGUACUGCCCCGCUGUGACGACAUCAGACAAUAAAGGCACUUUCAACUGGCCCAGGACAAUCUCAGGCAUCAAAGAGUCCCUCCUCUGUCCCCAUGGUGCGGGUACCAGCCACAUCGGUUCCUCUACACGGGCAAUGUCCAUGAGGAAAUGUACCCUACGGGGCACCUGGGAUGACCCGGAUACCAGUGAGUGUGAGUACGCCAACGAGCUAACACGUCGGUUGGAGUCGGCGUCAUUGAUGAGUUACAGUAAUGCCACUGCAGCGCUGCCAAUAGCCAUUGAGCUGGACAGCACCAUCUCUAACCCUCAAGUAGUCCAAGACAAAAUGGACAUUGCAUUCAUCGCUCGGACAUUGCAGAAGUUUGGCACUCUCCAAAGCAAAGAGUUGGGGAGAGUGAUGAUCGACAUUGCGAGCAAUCUGAUGGAAGUGCACCCAGAGGUCUUGAGGCAGAGUGAAUCUUAUGAGCGAUCAUGCAGCAAGAUUGUACAAACCCUGGAGAAGCUUGCGGAAGAGGUCCUACGUACCCGGGGCCAGGUGUUCAACCACAAGGCAACCAACAUAGCCAUGGAUGUCUUCAAUUUUGACACUGAGACGUUCACCGGCAUGGCCUGCGCCUCGCUGGCGGGCAGCACGGACCAGGCACAGGGGGAGGUCGAGAUACAAGAUUUCAAGUGCUUCAUGGGCAAUACUAACUCAACAACAGCCAAGCUCAAGCAAGAGAAAUCGAUCCAAGCUUCUAUUCAGCUCCCUGGAGCAGUGGUGACGAAGAUGAUGUUACCAUAUUUCAAACUUCAGUUCUUCGUCUACAAGAACAGCCGACUGUUUCCUAGCCUCAUCAACUCCUCUAUGACUGCAGAGGACCGUGGAAGGAGACAGGUUACCAGCCAGGUCAUCUCAAGCAAGAUUGCUGGAUUUAGCGUAAGGAACCUGAGCAGCCCUAUUGUUCUGAACUUCAGGACAACAAGCCAAGGUCAUGACCCUGUCCCAGGGUUCUGGAACUUCAAUGCAAUGUAUUCCAAGGGCGCGUGGAAAAGUGAUGGCUGUAAUAUCGUACGACAGACGACUAAUGCGACUGUUGUCCACUGUAACCAUCUGACUAACUUUGCACUCCUUAAGGAUGUGUCUGUGACAGAGGGCCAGUUGACCUACCAUAACAUUGAUUUAUUGCAUCCUGCCAUCUACGUAGGGAGCCUUAUCUUUGUGGUGUUCAUCUUCAUGACCAUGGUCAGCUACAUCUGCUUCAAUAGUAAUAUUCGCCUGAAGCGUAAAUGUCGCCACGCCCUGAUGAACAUGUGCUUUGGUUUCUUGAACCUGGUCAUGUUCUUCGCUGGCGGGAUCAACCGCACCGAGCCGCAGAUCCUGUGCCGCAUUGUUGGCAUUGGGAUCCACUACUUCAGCAUUUGCUGCUUGCUGUGGAUGGGGAUCAACGUUCGGAACUUAUAUAAGGGUAUGAGCAGGAAGGAACGCAGCUUGCCACCGGGGGAGCCCAUUCCACCACCUCGACCAAUCCUGAGGUUCUACUUUGUUGGAUGGGGUAUUCCGAUGAUUGUUGUUGGCAUCACAGCAGCAGCAGCUGCAAAUAUCGGUAACUAUGGAGGAGAGGAAAUCUGUUGGAUGAACUUUGACAUUAGCCUAGCAGCAUGCUUCGGUGUCGCUGGCUUCUUUGUCUUCGUCACAUGCAUCAUGUUCAUCGCCAUCAUCAUCCGCAUAGGCUGCUCUAACGCCAAGGAAUCCAAAGCUAGCAGACCAGCACCAGGGGACCCUGACCAGCAGCUCAAUGUAGACAGCGAGUCUGUGGUCACCCAUCGAACAGGGCUGUCUAACGUCUCAAGCAUCCUGGACGGGGAGUACACCUACUGCAAGCAGCUCAAGGCGGCCGUAGUGUUGCUGUUUGGCUUCCUGGCGACGUGGACCCUGGCAGCCAUGGCCAUCACUCAGAAGGGAUUCUUGGCGAUGCUCUUCAGUUACCUCUACGGUUGCGCCGUCGCAGCGCUGGGAUUAUUCAUCUUUGUGUACAACUGCAUCAUGAGAUGUGACGUGAUGUACAAUUGGAGGCGGACAUGUGGCUGUAGCAAAACGCGGAAUGCAUAUGCUGUGGCGCUGUCGGGCUCCCAGGCUGGCUCCCAAGCUGGUUCCCAGGCCAUGACCCCUGGAAAUGGCCAUGUGGUACAGCGCUGCCAAUCAGCAAGCAGUGUGGAUUCCAACGCGACCAAUCGCUCUGCCAACACAAACCAAUCCAAUCACUCAUUGAAGUCUGGCUCACGUAAGACCUCGAAGUGUAACUACGUUCCGUCGCACACUAACACCGGGACAGAUGCCUCGAUCGAUAGCAGUACUCAGGACACCGUCAGCAGACCACACAUGUACGAGAAAGCCCGCGGGAACGGAUAUGCCCAUCGGUAUCACCACAAGGGCAGGAAUAGGCCCAAGGGAUAUAAGCACUCCAGGUACUCUCAACUGACCAGAGAUACCUCUGAUGCGGGUGCUACACCGGACAUGAGCAGUGCUGUACCAGCCAGUGGUUAUGCAGACAGCGUGUCGAGUGGUUCAGUCAUGGCUCGCUUGCCAGCGGCAGGGCUGAGCAGCGCUCAGGAUAGGAGCUUUGUUGGACUCCCACCCCAGGCCGUCAGCAUGCAAAGUAUGCGUAGCGGCUCCAGUGUCACUCAGCCUCCGAGGCCGCAGUGGUCUGCUGUGAAUGCAGCUUCCUUGCACAACUCACAUCCUAAGAGUAUGCCGCAGGUGUCAGCUACGCACAGCAGUAACAGCAACGGCAGCAUCAGCAAGAAUCCCCUGGAUGCCCAUCGCCAAGCCAUCCCCCAAACAGCCUCUCUGGACCGCCAGGAAGGUAACGCGUUCCGGCGCCGCUCUUCGCGCGAAGACACUAAACCAAACUCUUCAAAGAGCAAGAACUCUAAACAGAGCAAAGCCAGUUCCAAGGACAGAGCCACCCCCAAGGAAGACACCUCUCACAGGAGGGAGGAAGUGCCUUUACUUGAAAAGCAUCCCUCUCUGUCGAGCCCUCCUGCGUAUGAUGAGGUAGUGCACCAACCACCGGAGAGUAGUGCUGCAGAUGUUCCUCCCCCUGAACCAGAACCUAGAGACAGCGGUGAAGGGUCUGACUUGGAUGGAGCUGCGGUAGAGAUGGACUCUCUGAGCCAAGCUGGCCAUAGUGACCAGGAAGGAUCAGAUAAACGGGAGACUAGUGUAUAGCAGGAAGUAGAGAUAUAGCGAGAAACAGGCAUUAAAGACAAGUGAAGAUGCAUACUUAAAUACAAAAUCUUACAGGCCUGACCUCUAUGAGGGAAAAUCUGCACAAGGGGCAUCAAGGCAUGGAGACGAUUGCCUCUGUGAAGUAUCAGGCCUGCAUAUACUCCUACUGUAUGCUGUAUUUAGAAUUUAGAUAUUUCUGCAAUCACUACCUUGCUACAAUCACCAUUGUACUGAUUAUCACCAUUCUUAUCUGAUUAUCAUUAUUAUUUACAGCCAUUCAUCAUAUGUUGGCGUCUGGCAAAAAACUCAAAGCUUGUUUUUGUCAUUGCAAAGUUUUGAUUGUCGAUAUUUUACAUGCUCAGACUGGUAUUAGUAGAUGUAGCGUGUACUGCAGUAUUAUUCAGUGACUGUCACACAAGUGGCAAUUCCCCAAAUGGCCAAACGUAUUCAUGCUGGUCAGAUGUUCAGGUAUUUUAAAGCUUUGAAGCUGACUCAAAAUUGGGUUUAAUUCAACCUAAAUUUCCUUGUGAUUCCAAUGACAAAACUUACAUUUGUAGUGAGGCCUCUGGCUUUUCAAGAUCAAAUUGGAAGGCAAAUCUAGAUCAGGCCUGGAAUUUCGUCUUUGAGAGGACAAAGAUGCCAUUUUUUCAUUUUGCAAAAGGCACAGAGGCCGGACUUGCGACCUGUUUUUAAAAUAUUGCUAAGAUUACCUUAAGCGUGAAUCUAUCUUAAUUGCUAAGCAAAGUGGGAUGCCACAAUGCAAGUCACAUUGGUAAUGCUGACAACUCAUCUUAAAGGAACAUGUUGCCUUGAAUCGGACGAGUCGGUCUAUAAAAUACCUUUGAAACCAU